ACAGACUCAGUGGGAUGUUCAGGAUGUUCAGAGAGAGAGAGAGAGAGAGAGACAUAUGAAAGCAGCUCCUCCAGCCUGGACAGAAGAAAUCCUGCACUUCUGAGUGGACUCUACACUUUUUUUUUAUUUAUUCUUCCUCUGCUCUCUUUUCCCCUCCGCGUGCAUUCUGGAGCAGAACAGAAGAGGAAAAGAGGAAUAAAGCUCUUUAAUGGCAGUGUAGAGAGAGAGAGAGAGAGAAUUCACACUAACUUUAGGGACAAAUCUCAGCUCUGUAGUGAGACUGCGCUGUUUAUCUGCAGAUAUUCUCUCAUCAUUCCGCGGAUUUCUGACAGAUUUGAUGAGUUUAAUCUUAUAUUUUCGUGGCGUUUUAGUGAUUCUUAUGUAAAUAAAAAGUGAGAUCUGAGAGGCGCCUCUGCACGGAGCUGUGCAACUUCACUGAAGCCACGCUUGACUUGACUAGCCUGAGCUAGCUAACCCCGUUAGCUUUAGCUUUAGCAUCGGUGAAGGAAUAAGUGCGUGAAACCUCUGUCAUCGUUCACACACCGCAGACACUGUGACCAACAUCUGUCUUUUAUUCGCGUUAUUUCUCUAAGUGUGUGAACGACUGCUUCGGAGGAGGGAAUAAAAAGUUUGUGAAUCCUUUUGUCACUAGCGAAGUUAGCUUAGCGCUAGUUUGUCCUUUUGGCUUUGCGAGCUAUCCAGGGAGGCAUUUUAUCCUCUCUCUCCGGCGAAAAUACAAAAAUACUCCGGUCCAAGAUGAAGAUUUUGGAAAGAUUAAUAAGCCACAAUGCCGUCCUGGACGGCCGGGAGUGUUGUGACGGCUGUUCUGAGUGAAGCUAAGCUAAAACAAUCACAGCAUGCUAGUCAGUUAUGCUAGCUAAGCUGGAUCACGGCUUUAAGUUUCCCCCUCAGCGACUUUGACUUUUUUACUUUGUUUUCUUGUUGUUUUGUGUGUAAAGCAGUUUUUUUUUGAGCAGAAGGAAGGUUGUGUGUGUGUGUGUGUGUGUGUGUGUGUGUGUGUGUGUAAAAUGCAGCUGUGGAGUUUGUUGUGGUGUGUGUUGGUGUGUGUCGGAGUGAGAGACUGGCCGAGGAGCAGUGCUGAGAUUUGUCCGAGCAGGGACAUCAGGAACAACGUGACUAACCUGCGCCUUCUGGAGAACUGCACGGUGAUCGAGGGCCACCUGAAGAUCCUGCUGAUGUUCCACACCAGAGCGGAGGACUUCCGGGGUCUGAGCUUCCCCAAGCUAACCGUAGUGACCGAUUACCUGCUGCUGUUCCGCGUGUACGGCCUGGAGAGCCUGAGUGACCUGUUCCCCAACCUGACCGUCAUCCGAGGAAACAACCUGUUCUUCAACUACGCACUGGUCAUCUUCGAGAUGCUGCAGCUGAAGGAGAUCGGACUGCACAGUCUGAUGAACAUCACCCGCGGCGCCGUGCGGCUGGAGAAGAACCCGGACCUCUGCUACCUCUCUACCCUCGACUGGUCCCAGGUCCUGGACUCUGUGGAAGACAACUACAUCUUCGCCAAUAAGAACGAGGGAGAGUGUGGAGACGUGUGUCCGGGCAUGGCCAGGGGCAAGACCAUCUGCCCUCAGACCACCAUCAACGGGCAGUUUGGAGCACGCUGCUGGACACAACGACACUGCCAGCGAAUGUGUCCGUCAGUGUGUAAGGCGAGGGCGUGUACGGUGGACGGUCAGUGCUGUCACACUGAGUGUUUGGGAGGAUGCAUGAAGCCGGACUCUGCAGCAGAGUGCAUUGCGUGUCGUCACUUCCUGCACGCGGGGGUGUGUGUGGAGGCCUGCCCCUCUGGCUUUCUCUCCUUUAAGGGAUGGCGGUGUGUGAGCUCCGCCUACUGCCACGCCCUUCAUAUGCAGUGCUCUGGCAAAACAUCAGACCAAGCCUGCAACUCCUACGUCAUCCACCAGGGGGCAUGUGUUCCUGAGUGUCCCGCAGGGUACACCACCGUCAACUCCACAAUGCUGAUGUGUACACCGUGUGCAGGAAUGUGUCCUAAAGUGUGUGUAGGAGAGAAGACGGUGGACUCUGUGACCACAGCUCAGGGACUGCGGGGCUGCACGCUGCUCAACGGCAGCCUCACCAUCAACAUCCGAGGAGGAAAUAACAUCGCAACAGAACUGGAAGCUAAUCUAGGUCAGCUGGAGGAAAUCACAGGAUACCUGAUGGUGCGUCGCUCCUACGCUCUCGUCUCUCUGUCGUUCCUCAGGAAGCUGCGACUGAUCCGUGGAGAGACACAGGAGAGGGGGAAUUAUUCCUUCUUCGCACUGGACAAUCAGAACCUGCGCCAGCUGUGGGACUGGUCAAAACACAACCUGACCAUCCUGCAGGGCCGCAUGUUCUUCCAUCACAACUCCAAACUGUGUAUGAGUGAGAUACGCAGGAUGGAGGAGGUGACGGGGACGAGAGACAGACAGCCCAAGAACGACAUCGGCUUCAAAACCAACGGAGACCAGGUGUCAUGUGAGUACCGGGUGUUGAAGUUCACGACUAUUCGGACUCUUCCAGAUAAAAUCAUUAUAAAGUGGGAGCCGUUCUGGCCGCCGGACUUCAGGGACCUGCUGGGCUUCAUGGUUCUGUAUAAGGAAGCGCCAUACAGGAAUGUGACGGAGUUUGAUGGGCGAGGUGCGUGUGGCUCUAACAGCUGGGUGAUUGCAGAUGUGGAUCCUCCUCAUCGCUCCAGCGAUGUCCGACAGCAGCUGGAACCCGGGUUCCUCAUCAUGGCCUUAAAGCCCUGGACUCAGUAUGCCAUCAUGGUUAAAGCCCAGCUCUCCACCUCUGACGAGCACCAGGUCCAGGGGGCCAAGAGCCAGAUCAUCUACGUCCGCACCAACGCCACCAAACCCUCUGUACCUCUGGACCCGAUCUCAUCGUCCAACUCGUCCUCUCAGAUCAUCCUGAAGUGGAAACCCCCAAAUGACCCCAAUGGCAACAUCACACACUACGUAGUGUCCUGCCUACAGCAGCCUGAGGCCAGUGAGCUCUACAAGUUUGACUACUGCCAGAAAGGCAUGAAACUGCCAUCUCGAGCCCCCACACAGCUCGACAGUAAGGAGGGAGAGAAGUGGAACCAGACGGAGGAGUCAGGACUGGGGGACAGCUGCUGUCCAUGUCCUAAAACUGAGAAACAGCUGAAGAAAGAGGCGGAGGAGAGCGAGUACCGCAAAACCUUCGAGAAUUACCUACACAAUGAAGUCUUCCGCAUCAGGCCGUCCCGACAGCGCAGAUCCCUCGUGGGUGUGGCCAACAGCACUAUACCCUCCUUCCUGACCACACCCUCCCCCCUCCCAAGCCUGCGUCCGGAGGAGGGGGCGGAGCCAAAUAAGAUUGUUCAGUUUGUCUAUGGUAAGGAAUCGACAGUGAUAUCCAACCUGAGACACUUCACCAGCUACCAGAUCGAGAUUCAUGCCUGCAACAACCAUCCAGGUGACCCCGAGCGCUGCAGCAUGGCCGCCUAUGUCAGCGCACGCACCUUACCUGAGGAUCACGCUGAUGACAUUCUCGGACAGAUUCUGUUUAAUGUUGUUGAUUAUUCAGUGCACAUCAGGUGGGCGGAGCCAAAAGCCCCAAAUGGCAUGAUCAUACUGUACGAGGUGAACUACAAGAGACUGGGAGAUACAGAGGAGCUGAGUCACUGUGUGUCCAGGAAGCAGUACAUCAGUGAUGGUGGCUGCAGGUUGCGAGUGGUGCAUCCUGGCAAUUACACUGUGCGAAUCCGAGCAACAUCACUGACAGGAAAUGGGUCCUGGACAGAACCUGCAUACUUUUAUGUCAAAGAUCUCCGUGUGGAUCCGUCAAACAUGUUAAAGAUUAUCGUGGUCCCGGUGGUGUGUGUUGUGCUGGUGGUGCUGGUGGCCAUAACUGGAUUUAUCAUGUUCAGAAAGAAGCAAGCAGAAGGACCAACUGGACGUCUGUACACUUCACCAAAUCCAGAAUAUCUCAGUCCAGAUGAAAUGUACGAGCCGGAUGAGUGGGAGGUGGCUCGGGAGAAGAUCACCCUGCUGCGUGAGCUGGGUCAGGGCUCAUUUGGGAUGGUGUAUGAGGGCGUGGCCCGUGAGGUGGUGAAGGGGGAGGCUCAGACACGCGUCGCGGUGAAGACCGUUAACGAGGCGGCCAGCCUCCGAGAGAGGAUCGAGUUCCUCAAUGAGGCCUCCGUCAUGAAGGCUUUCAGCUGUCACCAUGUGGUGAGGCUGCUGGGUGUGGUCUCUAAAGGCCAGCCCACUCUGGUGGUGAUGGAGCUGAUGACCCACGGAGAUCUGAAGAGCUACCUGCGCCGUCUCCGCCCUGAUUCUGAGAAUAACCCAGGCCGCCCCCCCCCCACACUGAGGGAGAUGAUACAGAUGGCAGCUGAGAUUGCAGAUGGAAUGGCGUAUCUCAACGCUAAGAAGUUUGUGCACAGAGACCUAGCGGCCAGGAACUGCAUGGUGUCCGAAGACUACACGGUCAAGAUCGGUGACUUCGGUAUGACGAGGGACAUCUACGAGACAGAUUAUUACAGGAAGGGAGGUAAAGGACUGCUUCCUGUCAGAUGGAUGGCACCCGAGUCUCUGAAGGACGGAGUGUUUACUGCACACUCGGACUGCUGGUCCUUCGGCGUGGUCCUGUGGGAGAUUAGCACGCUAGCCGAGCAGCCCUAUCAGGGUCUCUCUAACGAGCAGGUGCUGAAGUUUGUGAUGGACGGAGGAUUUCUGGAGCGUCCAGAUAACUGUCCAGACAGACUUCACAGUCUGAUGCAGAUGUGUUGGCACUACAACCCGAAGCUGCGUCCGGUGUUUCAGGAGAUCAUUGAGAUGUUGAGAGACGAGCUCCAUCCCUCCUUCAGUGAUCUGUCCUUCUUCUACAGCGAGGAGAACCGGACGCGCACGCGGGACAGCGACGACUUCGACAUGGACGUGGAGAACAUGGAGAGCAUCCCUCUGUCCUCCUACAGCCCCGGGGACGAGGGGGACGAGGGGACGUAUGAAGGACUCAUCCCCUACACACACAUGAACGGGGAGAAGAAAAACGGGCGUGUUCUCUCGCUCCCUCGCUCCAGUCCUUCCUAAUGCAGCAUCAGCACCACAUGGCCCCGCCCCCUUCCCCAAUGUAACAAGCUAGCUUAGAUUUAUUUUUCUUCUUCACUGGUUUUUAUACACCCACUUUUUUAAUCACUUCCUGUUUUUCCAUUGGACACGCCUAGUUCUGGACUGAAGGCCGUGUCGCAACCGCUUGCUAAGUUACGUAACCGUACAUAAACCAGCGUUUAGCUAAAGAGGACAGCGGGAUGUGAAGCACAAGACCUGCAGCUAUCUAGAUAGCUCUUCUUUUAAGGGCGGGGCUUAAGUUAAAUAUAAUCCAUUUAAUUACAGACAUGAUCAUCAUUUCAUCAUUUAAAAUACUUUAUUAUUUUUUCACAAAGCUAGCCAGACACACCAGCAUUAUCUGGCUAAGUCGCUAACGCAGUAGAUGCCUGCAGUUACGUGGCUAGCCUCGCUUCCCCGCAGGACAGACCCGCACGUCGGUGUCACGUGACCGAGUCUGUGUGGACGAGCAAGCUUUAUCUUAAGCUCCGCCCAGGACCUCCUGUCAAUCAAACAAACCAAGAAGUAUCAACACUCUGUUUCAGAAAAUGUAGCAAAUGAUAUCGUUUAUCACUCAGUAAAGAGCAGUGCAUUAUGGGUAAGACACUCAGUAAAGAGCAGUGCAUUAUGGGUAAGACACUCAGUAAAGAGCAGUGCAUUAUGGGUAAGGCGCUCAGUAAAGAGCAGUGCAUUAUGGGUAAGGCGCUCAGUAAAGAGCAGUGCAUUAUGGGUAAGGCGCUCAGUAAAGAGCAGUGCAUUAUGGGUAAGGCGCUCAGUAAAGAGCAGUGCAUUAUGGGUAAGGCGCUCAGUAAAGAGCAGUGCAUUAUGGGUAAGGCGCUCAGUAAAGAGCAGUGCAUUAUGGGUAAGGCGCUCAGUAAAGAGCAGUGCAUUAUGGGUAAGGCGCUCAGUAAAGAGCAGUGCAUUAUGGGUAAGACACUCAGUAAAGAGCAGUGCAUUAUGGGUAAGACGCUCAGUAAAGAGCAGUGCAUUAUGGGUAAGACGCUCAGUAAAGAGCAGUGCAUUAUGGGUAAUAACGUGUACCGUGUGGCUCUCCUGGUGUGUAUUAUAGCAGCUGCACUCAUCAUUUUAUACUCAACCAGAAGGACGCUGAGAGUGCCACGCCCCUAACGACGAACAAACUGUGAACAAACUGUGGACCUUCCACCAAUCAGGAGGCUGCAUCACUGCGGUCAGUCGCUCCACAGAGAAAUGAGAGAGUUUCUGCGUUUCUGUCCAAAAUCCUCCCGGCUUACACUGACCUCUCUCUCUCUCUCUCUCUCUCUCUCUCUCUCUCUCUCUCUCUCUGUCUGUGUCUGUCUGUCUCUUUCUCUCUCUCUCUCUCACUCUCUCUCUCUGUCUGUCUGUCUCUUUCUCUCUCUCUCUUUCUCUCUCCCUGUCUCUCUCUCUUUCUCUCUCUCUCUCUCUCUCUCUCUCUCUUUCUCCCUGUCUGUCGCUCGCUCUCUCUCUGUCUGUCUCUCUCUCUCUCUUUCUCUGUCUGUCUCUCUCUGUCUGUCUCUCGCUCUCUCUCUCUCUGUCUGUCUCUCGCUCACUCUCUCUCUCUCUGUUUGUCUCUCACUCUCUGUCUGUCUGUCUCUCUCUUUCUCUCUCUCUCUUUCUCUUUUCCAUAUUUAAGUACAGAAUUUUUGCAUCCCUUUUGAAUGAAGAACAUUGACACCAGCAAGACGUCAGUCCCUUCAUCAUCAUCAUCAUGUGGAACAUCUUCAUAAACAUGAAACAGAACUUCAUCCAGUUUACACCCCAGUUGUUUCCUCCUGAUAGACCCCGCCCCCUGUCUCUGGUCAGUUGACUCCGCCCAGUUCCUUGGCCAGUCUGUGGUUAUUUUGUUCUGUUCUUCUGUUCACGGUCAUCUUGUUGCAGGAGAAUCAUUUUAUAGAUGAAUCUUAAACCAGAAUGACUUUUUUUUCCUGCAGAAAUUAAUGAAGGAUGAAAACUUU